GCGCCCGGGCGAGCGCGGUGUGGGGAGGGCGGGGCCUGCGUCUUGCGAGGCAAGGAGUGCGGGCGCAUCCCUGUUGGAUGGAGGGGAAAGAAACAACCCAAGAAGGCUGUCAUUUCCUGGGCGGAGUUGGAACCCAGGCGGCCUCACCAUGAUGAAACAGGCAGCUGCUGCUGCAGUGGGUGGAGCCCUGGCAGUGGGGGCUGUGCCCGUGGUGCUCAGUGCCAUGGGCUUCACUGGGGCAGGAAUCGCCGCAUCCUCCAUAGCAGCCAAGAUGAUGUCCGCAGCAGCCAUCGCCAACGGGGGUGGGAUUUCUGCAGGGAGCCUGGUGGCUACUCUGCAGUCGGUGGGGGCAGCCGGACUCUCCACAUCAUCCAAUGUCCUCCUGGCCUCUGUUGGGUCAGUGAUGGGGGCCUGCUUGGGGGGAAGCAGACCCGCAACUGAACCCAAGGCUCAACCCAAGGCUGAAGGAGAUGAGGCAAGAGAAAAUGUACCCCAAGGUGAACCUCCAAAACCCCCAUUCAAGUCAGAGAAACAUGAGGAAUAAAGGUCACAUGCAGAUGCA